UCAAAGCGGCCAAUAGUAUCAUUGGAAGGGCGUGGCUUGUCUUGUGUGGGCGGGGACACCCUGAAAGCGGGUGUAAAGCAAAACAGCGGGUUCUCUCCCGCUCUCUCCAAUGAAACUUUUAAUUAAUGUGGGUGGGCUUGAGAAGCCAGCGAGUGUUUAUCAUAGCCGAUUUAUUUUCCAGCGCUAAGUCAACAUAAAACAGCAAACGUACAACGAUUAUUUAACAUUUUUCAGAGAGAAGGUAGAGCGAGCCGCUCGGCCACCACAACGGCAGCUCUAUGGACUCAGUGUGCCGCUCUUCGGCCGGGCUGAAACUCUCGUCCAGCAGCCAGUCAUGAGUCUGUACCACCACCGCUCAGCGCAGGCCGGCCUGGGCGCCUCGGCGCUGGGCCUCAGCGGCUCGACGCCCCUCAUCUACGUGUACGGCGGCGAGUUGGGUGGCGUGUUCCCGGCGCUGGGCUUGGCCUCGGCACGCCGGGAGCCCCCGCAGAAACCGCCCUACAGCUACAUCGCCCUGAUCGCCAUGGCCAUCAAGAGCGCGCCCGAGGAGCGCGCCACGCUCAGCGGCAUCUACCAGUUCAUCAUGGACAACUUCCCCUUCUACCACGACAACAAGCAGGGCUGGCAGAACAGCAUCCGCCACAACCUGUCGCUCAACGACUGCUUCGUCAAAGUGCCGCGGGAGAAGGGGCGCCCGGGCAAGGGCAGCUACUGGACGCUGGACCCCAAGUGCCUGGACAUGUUCGAGAACGGCAACUACCGGCGGAGGAAGAGGAAGGCCCGGGGACAGGAGGAGGCGCGCGACGACAAGGCGCUUCAAAAGAGGGCUCGUGGAGGACACGCACGGGUGGGAGCGCGCCCUGUUUCCAAACUCCACGACAAGAAAGAGAGGUUUGUGGCGGGAGAAGGGGCGCGAGAUGAAGAUUAUGAAGAUGAUACGGAGCAGGAAGAGGAGGAGGAGGAGCAGCAUCACGGGGAGAGUACCAAACUUGCUGUCCGGUGUCAUGGAGAGGUGCGCGCACCCAACUCCUCCGCGCGCAAAAGCUCCACAACUGGCAAGCCUGGCCACUGCGCGAUCAUGUCCGUCUCUCCGUCUAAAAGCCCCGCUUCUCCCCUGCAAAAAAACAAAACGGACCCGGAGAGCCUCGCAGCGCGCGCCCCGCUGGCCGGGAGCGCGCCGGAGCCAGAGGUGCGCAAGGCGACGGACAGGGCGAAGGCGUUCAGCAUCGAGAGCAUCCUAGCGCGGAAGGUCGGCGCGGUCCAGCGGAACUGCGCGUGCUUACGCACGGACGGGGCGCGCACACCGGCGCUGCCUCCGCCGCCGCUCGUGCUCGAGCCGCUACACUCCUACGUACGCGUGACGUGGCCUGCCUCAGAGAGCGCGCGCUACAGCGAGGAGUCUGUAGAGAGACUGUACUGAGUGAGCAGCAGCUGUGGACAGAGGCUGGACUGCUAAGCUAUACGGGCCAUCAGGUAUCAAAGGACAAUUCAAUAAUCACCUGUUUAUUCCCACCUCCAGCUGAGAGUAGAUGGGGCUCAUUUAGGAUCUAUAGCUUAUGGCAUUUGUAACAGCACGAAUUGUAUUAUGUACAGUACUGUACAGAUGUUUCAGGCACCUGUAAAGGACAUUAUUUAAAACAAUUAAUCUCAGCAAUAAGGAAGUUUCUGCUGGUACAAACUCCAGAUCACACUAAAGAACAGUGCACCUGCAGUUCUUCAUUUGUAGAAAGUAGAUGAGAUCCAAUCAAUUCCAUCACCUGCUCACCUGAUUUAAUAUAUUACUAAGGGCUGAUUUACCAAAUCAGUUGCUGGAUGAUAACUGUAUGUAAUACAGUUCUAUGUAAUACAUAUCUAUGACUCCACAAUGGGUCUUUUGGAGAUGUUUAAAUGAACACAUUAAUGUAAAAUUAUUUUUUUCUGGAUGAAUGUUAUUAUAUAAGUGUUUUUUUACUUAAUAAAUAAAAUCCUAUUGCCCAUAUAAAUAGCUUUUUAAUUCUGGCAUUCUAAUAUAUAUGGGAUUUCACAGUGUUAAUUGCAAUCAAUUGCAAUAAAUCUGACCUUCCAUAAUGUCUGCUGGUGCAGUUUAGGAAUGUUGUGUGUAAAGCAGCACCAUUUAUGCAUUUAUGUUUUUCAAAAAGGUUGUUUCCUAUUUUUAUGGAACACACUGUGUAAAGGGCUGUGCUAUAAUGGAAAACAAACAUAAACUGACAUUGUAAUAUUGUUUUCGUGUGAUAUUACAACAUUAAGACUCAAGUAUUUUCUCUAGAUUUUACCAGAAGUCAGUGAUCCAGCAUGUCAUGCUAUUUAUAAUGCAGUCUGUGUAUUGGAGAUUGGAGUAAAUUAUGCUGAGCAGAUGUGAUUGACUGUUGGAGAUAUAUCAUGUAAAACAAGAACAGUAUGAGUUUGCAUUUAGUAUUAAGCAGCAAAAAAAUGUUAAUUUUCUUAAUGUGCCCAUUAUACAUACACAUUCUACAUACACUGAGAUGGGGUGGCUAAAACAAUAUAUUGUCCUGAGCUAUCUGAUGGCCCACAGUACCUGAAUCCAGCCCAUAAGUUCUUUUUUGUAAACUUUAAACUACAGCUUUUUAUUGUAAUAACUGGAUAAGAUUCAGUAACUUUAACACUUUAAUAUUUUAUACAGAAACGCUUGAAAAAGACAUAACCUGUCUUCUCCGUAAAGUGAAGUUUAUUAUUAUUAUUAUUAUUAUUAUUAUUAUUAUUAUUAUUAUUAUUAUUAUUAUUAUUAUUAUUCAGGGUUGGCACAGCCUGGGUGGCCCAUUUGCAGGUUCAUGAAUGGCUGACAGUAGUUACUCCUGUUGAUGGAUUACCCGCGGAGAGCCGGGCGACGCAAACCCUCGCGGAUGUUGCUGUGUAAAUGUAAAUGUUUAUUUGAACUAUGGUUUUUAUUAUGCUCCUUUCUGCACUUGUAAUAGGAAUACAAGACAAAUUACAAAUUGUAUAAUGCCGUAGCUUCUCUCCUCUCCUUAAGUACCUCAUGGAUGAAAACAGUUGUGAACCUUUUUAGUGGGAAAGGAAACACAGCAAGGGUGAAACUGUCUGAUUCAGAUGUUAAAAGGAAGAAAGACUGGGAUGCAAACACAACUGAUGCCUGUUGUAUAAAUAAAGUGUUGUUUUUCCACAUAAGUAAAUACGUUUGUUCAGAUCUA